AUGGGAACUCCCGCACCGCCGCUCCCCGCUCCAGCCUCGCGGCCCCGGAGCCGCCGCCGGCCCCCGCCCACGCAGCCCCGGCAGGGAUUUAACUCUGCCCGGGAGGAGGCGACGCUCCCAUCCCCCGGCACCGCGUCCCCACCUCGGCACCGCAGCCACAGCCGUGCCCGCUCCCCGAGCCAAGCCCACCGCUGCUCCGCCGCAGUCCACCCCCCGACCGACCCCGCGGCUCAGCCCCGUCCCAGUCCCCGCGGACCCCCGGCUCACCGGCGGCUCCUCACGCAGCUCCGCUCCCGCCCCCUCCCGGCGGCGACUCCGGGCGCUGCCCCGCCCUCACGGCAACUUUUACUUCCCCCGCUUCCCGCUCCUCCUUCGCGCUCCCCUCCCCAGCCCGGCGCCGCCGCGCCUGCGCAGCGUGGCAGCAGCCGGGACGCUCUCCCGGAGCGGUGUCCCGGAUAUUCCCGAGCCGGGAAAGCGAGGCGGGCAGGGAGGGAGGGAGGGAGGGAAGGAGAGGGCAGCGGCGAUUGGAGGCGCUGGCCGCGCCCUCGGCCGGCGCGCGUGCGCGGUGCGCGCGCGGGAAGGCGCGCGGGGCCGGGGGCGCCUGACGGGCCGCGAUGGCGCCUGAGGCGAUGGGGCCGGGGGCGGGAGCGGGUCUCGCAUCCCCGCGUCCUGCCGGAGGUGCGGGGGGAAACGCGGCCAGCAAUUGUUUUCCAGUUCUCAUUCCGGGAUAUCUGGCCGUGCACGUUGGCUUUCCUUGAGAUGCCCGUGGAACAGCACUGGCGAAGUGUGACUUGGGAGCCAAACCCUGCACAAGUGUUCAUCCACCUCAGAGCUGCGUUUGGCUUCCCUGCGGCCUGCAAAGGUCCCGUGUAGUUAUUAAUUCAUCUAUCACCUGCCCCAGAGUCACUGCCCCAAAGUUGUGUUCCCUCUGAUUUUUAUCUAAUCCAUUAUGUUGGCCAGGGAGUGGUGUUUCCUUUUGUUAUUUGAGAUAGGAAUUCCGUAUCCACAAAUGCUCAUAUUUCUAGUUGCUCAAGUACCUUUUAUAUUCCACUAUUUUGAUUUUUUUUUUCCCGGAUAAGCAUGUAGAUUUCACUGACACAGUUCAUUUCUAGGUCAGCGAUGAGUUUUUAGGUGCUACCACACCCAGUCUCAGUCCUUGGCACAUGCUGAUGGAUACAACUUGUAUUUUUCCUCUUCCAGUUGCCUUUCUGAUAGCCUUCUAGGAAUGGAAAAAAUGCUUCUGUGCCUAAAAGCAUGUUCAGUUUUCCAACAGCAUCUUCUGCAAUAGUAAAUAAA